AAUGAGAAAAAAUAUGUUAGAAAUUCAAACAAAGUUAAUGUUUACUUUGAACAAGUAUAAAAGGAACAUAUGCUGUGAAGCUGUUAUUAGUCGCUAGUUGCAGACCAGUGCUUCCACAUCUCUAAGUAAAUAAAUUCAAGAUGAAAAGCUUAGCAAUUGUUUGUUUCGUGGCUUUGUUCGCGUUCGUCUCCGCUCGUCCCGAACUCUACACCGACAGAUACGACAACGUUGACCUCGACGAAAUUCUCUCAAACAGGCGUCUGCUCAUUCCUUACGUCAAGUGUAUCCUGGACCAAGGAAAAUGCUCACCGGACGGCAAGGAACUCAAAUCUCAUAUCAAGGAAGCACUUGAAGAGAAUUGCGGCAAAUGUACAGACACCCAGAAGAAAGGAACCCGUCGCGUGAUCGGACACUUCAUCAACAACGAGUCUGAUUACUGGAACCAGCUGAAGGCUAAAUACGAUCCCAAGAACCAAUACUCUGUCAAAUACGAACAGGAGCUCAGAACUAUCAAGGCUGCUUAAGACUAAUCAUAAUUUAUUAUUGUCUUGUUAUUUUUCAAAUAAUUGAAAGCAUUUGUGUUACUAAAUAUUUAAAUGGAAUUAAAGGAUAGCUUUUCAUAGAA